AUGAUAAUCAACAAGAAGCCGUGCAGUGUGUGCGGCGAAGGUGGAGAUGGAGCUCAUUUUGGAGCAGAAGCUUGUAGAGCGUGUGCUGCCUUUUUUCGAAGGAGCGUUGCCCUUAACAAAACAUAUGUGUGUCGAGCAAUGGGUACUUGCAUUAUUCAGAAAAAUGUUCGAUGUAUGUGCCGCGCAUGUCGAUUCACAAAGUGUAUGUCUGUCGGAAUGAGAAAGUCUGCUGUUCAACGUCAUCGUGAACUUUUCGCCAGACAGGAUUCUUCAGAAUCAUCUAAUCCUCGAGUGUCUCCAAGCUCUAGUUGGCCAAUGGAUAUUUCUCCAAUCAACACUGAAGAAAUCGGUAUGCCAACACUAAACCGAUUAAAUGAGAACUAUGUUCAUAUGGGCACUGUCAGAAGAGUGAUCCACAAUACUGGCGGUGAUAACAUAUUUAAUCGUCGAGAACCGAAAGCAGUGGCGUAUACUGACGCACACACUGUUCACCUGAAGGAAAUCGGACUUGUAGCUGAUUGGAUAAUCAAAUCCUAUCCUGACUUUGAAAAGUUACAUCAAGAACAAAAAAAACUACUCUACCGUAAUUUUUUUCUGCCGUUUAUGAUUUUGGAAUGUGGUUAUCAGUGUUGUUUGAAUGAUAGAACAGAUAUUCUGUAUUUACCGUCUGGUGACUAUAUUGACUGCAGUCGACCGGAAACAUUUUAUGGAGGACACAUUAAUUCACAUUUGAUGAGUUCCGAGGAAGCAAUUAGGAUGUUCGUCCCCUCAUUUGAAAUCUACAGACGUAACGUCCUAGAUCCAAUGCGACGAGAAAAAGUAGAUAACUUUGAAUUCUUCACGCUCUGCUCUUUAGUGCUUUGGGAUCAUGGGUUGGAAGGUCAGAUAGAUGAAUGUGUCAGUCUCGCUAGAUCGAACCGAGAAAGAAUUUUACGAGAGGUUCUUCACUACUAUCGUCGGGUGAAACAAAUCAACGAUCCAUCAAUGAGACUAGCUAAUCUAUUAGUUCUUCUGCCAGCUCUACAGAGAUCAGUUAGAAGGUUCCAGGAAGACGUCGAAAUCACUCACGUAUUUAAUGUAUAUUCUGUGGAAGAGACAUUUUACGAGUUGGUCAGCGGAAGGUUGUCUGACAGUUUCUUCCAACAGGGAACUCCCGUAUCCGCAGUUCCUGAUAAGAGUAAAGAAAUCAAAAAAGAAAUGGAGUGUGUAUGGGAUCUCAACACCAGCCAGGUAGUCGACAUCUAUGAAUUCCCAUCAACUCCAUUUUUAACUCCCGAUAACUCCAAUCCGGCUUCAACAGAGCUACAGAAUAUUUAG